UGUCCCAUCAUUAGUGCCAGUGUGGGAGGAAUAGUGCCCCAUCAUUGGUGUCAGUGUGUGGGAGGAAUAGUGCAACAUCAUUGGUGCCAGUGUGGGAGGAAUAGUGCCCCAUCAUUGGUGUCAGUGGGAGGAAUAGUGCCCCAUCAUUAGUGCCAGUGUGGGAGGAAUAGUGCAACAUCAUUGGUGUCGGUGUGGGAGGAAUAGUGCCCCAUCAUUAGUGCCAGUGUGGAAGGAAUAGUGCCCCAU